AUGGCACAAGCACCAUACCCCAGGCCUACACAUAACAGUCUGUCAUUGACACCGGGAGUUGCGGACGAAAAUGUCUCACUUGCUGGAUGGCUGAUGUCCGAAAGAAAAGGCGGCAAGGCGCUCUCCUUCUUCAAGUUCAGAGACUCUCAUGGCACCAUACAGUUGGUCGUCACUGAGAGCGAAGCGCUCUCGAAGAUGCGUAGUAUCGCCCCGAACUCUACUGUGCUUGUGCAGGGUACAGCGAGGAUGCGACCACAGCAUCAAAGACGACCAGUUCCUGGAGGAAGCGUGGAAGUCUUGGUGAACUCUGUGAUCCUGCUGAACCCGGCAGACCGCUCCCUACCUUUCGACCCGCUCGACGAGCACAACAUGGCGAGCGAGCACAUGCGGCUACAAUACCGCUACCUUGACCUUCGACGCCCUGCGCUUGCAGAGAACAUCAAGAAGCGCAGCGAAGUGGCACAUACUAUCAGAACUGUCUUUCAUGAACAAGGCUUCACAGAGGUCGAGACGCCAACUUUGCUUCGUUCUACACCGGAGGGUGCGCGUGAAUUCCUCGUGCCUACCCGACAUUACGACGGCAAUGAGGGUUCAAAGCAACCGCUGUUCUAUGCCCUCACCCAGUCGCCUCAGCAACCAAAGCAGCUGCUCAUCGCGUCGGGGGCAGUCGAUCGCUACUACCAACUCGCGAAGUGCUUCCGAGACGAAGAUGGUAGGAAAGAUCGACAACCGGAGUUCACACAGGUCGAUCUCGAGAUGGCGUGCCACAAUCGAGGCGGCCGAUCGAAUUGCCCUCAAUACUCCAGCCAGUGGCGCAUUGGCGGCGCCGAGGUUCGUAACAUUGUUGAGAAAGUGGUUCAGAGAGUAUGGGCGAAGAUGGAGGACGUCGAGUUACCGAAACACUUCAGGGUCAUGACCUACGAUGAAGCUAUGACUCGCUACGGUUCAGACAAGCCUGAUCUACGCUUCGGUCUGGAGAUACAGAACAUCACCUCUCACCUACCUCCUAGUCUACGUGAGGCUUUAGAUCAACGCGGAGAGAUCCUGGAGGCAUUGUGCGUCCGCAAGUCGAACGGGAGCGACGACCCAUUCCUCAACGCCGCACAGCAACUCAGCAAGAGUAACGGGCCGAGCAUAUCAGCAUCAGAGGUCGCCAGCGGCACUGAUUCUAAUUGGCUCUAUCAAACUCCAGCAGUCUCUGACCUACUGAGUGGCGCCGGAACCAUACAGGAUGCCACAAGCGUCAACGCACACUUGGGGCUGAAUCAAGGCGGUCAUGUGUGGCUCGCGAGGCGACGCCAUAAGCCAGAGGGCGGCUCCACUAACCUCGGCCGUCUUCGCCUCGAACUAGCGAAUCUCGCCGAGUCCCUCAAGGAUCUGACCAUGCCAUCAGAGCCUCACUUCCUCUGGGUGACUGAGUUUCCGCUGUUCACUCGCGCAGAUGCAGACAAGGAUUUCCUCGCUCAUGGACGAUGGAGCAGCUCGCAUCAUCCUUUCACGGCGCCGAUGUGGCAGGACGUCGAAAAGAUGUAUGGAGGGGAUAUCGAGGCAGUACGAGGCCAGCAUUACGAUCUCGUCCUCAAUGGAGUAGAGAUCGGCGGAGGAUCCGUCAGGAUACACGAUGUAGUCAUGCAGGAGUACGUCUUCAAGAACAUCCUGGAGCUUGACCACGAUGAGAAGGCUUCCUUUAAUCAUCUUCUGCAUGCUUUGCGAUGUGGGGCACCUCCGCAUGGCGGGUUCGCCUUCGGUUUUGACCGUUUGAUGGCCAUCCUCUGCAAAACCGAAUCAAUUCGGGACGUCAUUGCCUUCCCCAAGACUGGCACCGGAACUGACCUGCUACUCAAAAGUCCAGCAAAGGUCAAGCGAUCCGCUAUGGCAGAGUACGGCAUCCAACCACUGUAG